AUGUGGGCUGAACCUGAGUCUACUGAGAACAAGAGGGAAUCACUCUGCGAGUACUGUGCUGUGCGGACAGUUUGUCAGCUGCGGCUGGUUACUGAAGCUUCUCCAUGCUGCAAACAGCACAGCAAAAUGCAUUCUCUGCUGGAUUAGAGAAAGUCCACAGACAGCCCCAAAUUACACAGGUGGCCUGUCAAAGUAGUACUACAAAACCAAGUUCCUUAUUGCUUGGAUUCAACGGUCAGAAAGAAAAAUGCAGUUGCCACUGAAGUCAAGAGACCAACAGACUUCUACACUGAUCUUUUAGAGAGCAAGGGUAAGGACGAAGUUUCCGGAUUUACUUUCCAGCAGACACAAAAGACGCUGUGGUACAACUUCAUUUCAAAAUGAAGGCUUUUGUCUGGACCCUUGGUGUGCUACUCUUUCUACUGAGCACUGAUCAUUGCAAAGGAGGGCAGUUCAGAAUAAAAAAGAUAACCCAAAGGAGAUAUCCCCGUGCCACAGAUGGUAAAGAGGAAGCAAAGAAAUGUUCAUAUACAUUCUUGGUACCCGAACAAAAAAUAACAGGGCCAAUCUGUGUCAACACCAAAGGUCAAGAUGCAGGUACUAUUAAAGACAUGAUCACCAGGAUGGACCUGGAGAACCUGAAGGAUGUACUUUCCAGGCAGAAACGAGAGAUAGACGUCCUGCAGCUGGUGGUGGAUGUCGAUGGGAACAUCGUAAAUGAGGUGAAGCUGCUUAGGAAGGAAAGCCGGAACAUGAACUCUCGAGUCACUCAGCUCUACAUGCAACUGUUACACGAGAUCAUCCGCAAAAGAGAUAAUUCACUGGAGCUCUCCCAGCUGGAAAACAGAAUCCUCAACAUCACCACGGAAAUGCUGAGGAUGGCAACAAGGUACAGGGAGCUGGAGGUGAAAUAUGCUUCCUUGACUGAUCUUGUCAAUAACCAGUCUGUGACGAUCACGCUGUUGGAAGAACAGUGCUUGAGGAUAUUUUCCCGACCUGACACCCACGUGUCUCCCCCUCUUGUUCAAGUUGUGCCACGACACAUUCCUAACAGCCACCAGCACACGCCGGGUCUGCUAGGGGGAAAUGAGAUACAGAGGGACCCAGGAUAUCCCAGAGACUUAAUGCCUCCACCAGAUCUAGCAACAGCUCCCACAAAAAGUCCUUUCAAGAUUCCAGCAGUAACUUUCAUCAAUGAAGGACCAUUCAAAGACUGUCAGCAAGCGAAGGAAGCUGGGCACUCGGCCAGCGGGAUUUACAUGAUUAAGCCUGAGAACAGCAAUGGUCUGAUGCAGCUAUGGUGCGACAACAGUCUGGAUCCUGGGGGCUGGACUGUUAUUCAGAAAAGAACAGAUGGCUCUGUCAAUUUCUUCAGAAACUGGGAAAAUUAUAAGAAAGGGUUUGGAAACAUUGAUGGAGAGUACUGGCUUGGACUGGACAAUAUUUAUAAGCUCAGUAAUCAAGACAAUUAUAAGUUGCUGAUUGAAUUAGAAGACUGGAGUGAUAAGAAGGUCUAUGCAGAAUAUAGCAGCUUUCGUCUGGAACCCGAGAGUGAAUCUUACAGACUGCGCUUGGGAACUUACCAGGGGAAUGCAGGGGAUUCUAUGAUGUGGCAUAAUGGCAAACAAUUCACCACACUGGACAGAGAUAAAGAUAUGUAUACAGGAAACUGUGCCCACUUUCACAAAGGAGGCUGGUGGUACAACGCCUGUGCACACUCUAACCUCAACGGAGUGUGGUACAGAGGAGGCCAUUACAGAAGCAAACACCAAGAUGGAAUUUUCUGGGCUGAAUACAGAGGCGGGUCAUACUCCUUGAAGGCAGUUCAGAUGAUGAUCAAGCCAAUUGACUAAAGACAGUCUCCAAAGAAAUGACACAGAGCUUCACUUUUUGGUUCCCCAAAUGUAAACACUACAUGUUACUUGGUACAAUUUAUUUUUACAGAUACAAUUUGUAAACUAAAUUGUACUGUGACUGAAAGAAUUAUCUGUGAAAACAGCUCCAUUUUCCUUUAAGAUGCUACAGAAGAUUAUUUGUAUGCAAAUCCGUGUUAUUUUAAAAACUAUAUUGACUUAAUACAGGUAAAUGUAAAUAUAUGCCAUGAAGUAAAACAAAUUUUAGCUUUAUUUUGAAUCAAAUUCAAAUACAUGCUUAAGAUACUUAAUGAUUUAUUUAAAAAAUAACAUUGCUCUAACUUCCAGUGAAAAAGAUAAUUUUAAUAUUUUAGUCAUGCAGUUCAUUUUAUUUAUGAAAAUACAGACAGGAAAUUAGAGAAAGAUCUCUAGUUUUGCCACUAAAAUACGUUUUUCCACUGAAUAAAAAUUUAUUACAUUGAAUUACA